AGAUACUUCCCGCAUUCCCUCCCGAUCUAGUGGACGUAAGAAGACUAGAGGAGAGAGAGAGAGAGAGAGCCUCUUGUUUAAUGGUGCUUCCUUUUAUGUGAUUGCAACCUUGUGUUUUUUUAAACAAAAAAAAAUACAACUAGACCAAUCGUAAAAUCUUCAGUUCUCAAAAGCAAAUAAUCCUCCCCCCUGGUGAAGGAAGCUAUUUCCCAUCAUGAACAAAGACGAGGAACAGCCCCCGAUCGACGCCGAUUCCAUGUUAUCGGUGUCGACCGACGAAGACGUAUUCGAUAACCUCUCACUCUCAGCUGACUCUAUAGCCAUGUCCGAUGAAGUUCGCGAUUAUGUAUACGAAAACUCACGACGCUACCACAAAUACCAGGAAGGCCGUUAUCACUUCCCUAACGACGAUGCCGAGCAGGAGCGCGAAGACUUGCAGCAUGCCAUGUUCACGCUCCUAUGCGACGGCAAGCUACAUUUUGCGCCUCUUGACAACCCACGCUCGAUACUCGAUAUCGGAACAGGGACGGGGAUCUGGGCGAUAGAGAUGGGCGAUGAAUAUCCGGAUGCAGAAAUAUUAGGGAUAGAUCUGAGCCCCAUACAACCUUUAUGGGUGCCCCGUAACGUGCAGUUCAUGGUGGACAACGUAGAGGAGGAGUGGCUUCAACCGGCGGGUUCGUUGGAUUACGUUCACGCUCGACAAAUGGCUUCUACGAUUCGAGACUGGCCCGCACUUAUGGCAGAGGUAUUCAAGGCGCUGAAGCCGGGCGGCUGGUUCGAGCUGCAAGAUCUGAAAUGCGGCAUCGGGUGCGACGACGACACGCUGCGGGAGGACAACGCGGUGGCGGACUUCCUGGACAAGAUCGCGGGGGCGAUGAAGAUCCUGGGGGUGGACUGCCUGGGCGCGCUGGAGAACUACGAGCGGUGGCUGCGGGAGGCCGGCUUCGUCAACGUCAAGAAGGUCCUGCUCAAAGCCCCCGUCGGCACGUGGCCGAAGGAUCCGCAGCAGUCCAAGAUCGGCCUGUACAGCCGCAACAUGAUGUACGACGGCCUGCACGGGUUCGCCAUCCGCCCUUUCACCCACGGCUUCGACUGGACCCCCGAGGAGGUCGAGGUUUACCUCGUCAACGUUCGGAAAGCGGUGCUGCGCUCCAAGGCGCACAUCUACAUCCCGUUCCACUGUAUCUACGCGCAGAAGCCCCCGGAACCGGCCGCCGCCGCCGCGCGUUCGAGAUGAGACGAGCUAUUCCCUUUACGACACAUCGUGGUGGGUUGAGUUGGGUUGGAUUAUACGCACUAACUACCUACUAGCACGGAUUUAUUUAUUUUUUGGAGGGCUUCACACCCGGCGCUAGGCGGAUGCGGGCGUACUUUACAAUCUUCAUUCGUGGGCACACAUCUAUCUGGUUCUUGUUUUGAGACGUACUUGACGAUCACGAUCAUCCGGCGCUCGGCGACUUUUUCUUUCUUUCUUAUAUUCAUUUAGAAGGGGCGGGUUUUCAGAGGGGAAAAAACGAGAAGAGGGAGGGGGGCAUAGAGCGGGCGGCAGUCAUCAUUUUUACAAGUUUCUUUUUUUUUUAAAGGGUGUUCCUUGAAAAAGCAUUUUCCGUAUUAUCCGUUAAAGCUUUCACCAGCUGUCGGGGGCACGGGUAGGUAAGGCAAAUGCGAGGAACCCUUUUUGCAUAUUGGCCGGAGCCGGGUUUGGCGGUGAUUUUUGACUUGGGAGGAGGAGUCUGUUACAAAGAGGGGGGGGUGGAUAUGCAGUUUUUUAAAAUAAGAAAAGAGGAUUCUUAAAGGUCAUGGUGGGUGUUAACCCUUUAGGUACUUCUAGGUACAUCUUAAGAGUCUAUAGGUAUAACUCGGUCGCUUGAGUACAGCAUUGUACCGCGCUUCUGUAGAAAUACUAAUAGAAACCUUAUGGCCUAUUUA